AUGCCUCCGGCCGGCGGUCCCCGUGCGCCGCGCCCCGCCGCGCUGCCCCGCAGCCUGUCCCGCCUGCGCCAGUGCCCGGGCCGCUCCCGCAUAGUGCUGGCGCUCGGGGCCACGCAGAUGGCGCUCGGCUGCCUCAUCGUGGCCGUCAGCUUCGCCGCGCUGGCGCUCACCACCUCGGCCCGCGUCCGCCACUCCUGCCCCUUCUGGGCCGGCUUCUCGGUGCUGCUGUCAGGACUCAUUGGCGUCGUCUCCUGGAAAAGACCCCUCUCCCUCGUGAUAACCUUUUUCAUGCUGCUCUCUGCAGUGUGUGUAAUGCUGAACUUGGCUGGUUCUAUUCUCUCCUGUCAGAAUGCUCAGCUCGUCAACUCCCUAGAAGCCUGUCAGCUGAUUAAGUUUGACAGUGUCGAGGUGUGUGUCUGCUGCGAAACGCAGCACCAGUCGACCGGCUGCAGCAACCUGGGGGAGACGCUGAAGCUGAACCCGCUGCGCGAGGACUGCAACGCCGUGCGGCUGACCCUCAAGGACCUGCUCUUCAGCGUGUGCGCCCUCAACGUGCUCUCCACCAUCGUGUGUGCGUUGGCCACGGCCAUGUGCUGCAUGCAGAUGGUCUCCUCCGACGUCCUGCAGAUGUUCCUGCCGCAGAGGGUGCCUUCCGCCAGCCCGGCCUGUGCGACCCCGCACGGCACCGUCCUCCACCAGACCCUGGACUUCGAUGAGUUCGUCCCCCCUCUGCCUCCGCCCCCCUACUACCCUCCUGAGUACAGCUGCUCACCCACAGCCGAGGCCCACAGGAGCCUCCACCUGGACUUCGUCCCCUCUCCGUUCAGCGCCUUGUAUGACGUGGCCAUCAACAGCCCGGGCCUGCUCUACCCCUCCGAGCUGCCACCGCCGUACGAGGCCGUGGUGGGCCCGGCCCCGGCCGGCCAGCCUCCCAGUGCCCAUCAGCAGGGGACCGAGACCAGCCCCCGGGACCCAGGAGCCGCUGCUGGCUGCAGCGCGCAAGCACCUGCUGACAGCACGAGCCUUGCGGCGUCUGAGGGUGCCACCGCGCCAGGCCCCAGCUGCCCGCCCCCUGACGGCCCCGUGGGGGCCCCGCCGCCAGCCCCGCGCCCUGGCCGCACAUCCCCCGAGGGCCCCGGCCGAGGCGCACGGGCACGUCCGGGUCCCAGUCGGGUGGCCCGCUCCACCAGCGACCCCACCUCAUGCUCCUCUAGGGCAGCAGACGACGCCUCCCGCAGCCAGGACCUUGAAGCAGGACCGUCUCGGGCUGCUCUGGGGACCGUUUCCCGGUCUCGCUCCAUCGCGGCUGCCUGUGCCCGCCGGCACCGGCCCGCCCCGCCCCGGGAGCCAGACGCCUGGAAAAGCCGGCGGCGCGCAGAGCUGGAGGCCUCGCGGGUGGUCCGCAAGGAGCGGCCCCGCUCGGCGGCGGACAGCAGGGCCCUCGCAGGCGGUAGGGCUGUGGUGGCUAAGUUUCGGGAGCACUCCAGCGGCACCCUGCCCCCUGAGGUGCGGCGCGCGGCGGUCACCUCCGAGGAGCGUCGCCUCCCGCGUGGCUGUUCUGGACCAGGCGUGAAGCGGUCGCCGGUCUAG